UCGAGCGUACAUAACACGUUCUCCAGUUGUUUUAAUGAAAAAAGAAAAUGUGUUGGAUUCUGAAAUUCAUGUAACUGGUAGCUGCAAAAAAUCUACGGUUUCACACUUGCCAACACGGAUACCAUCAACUCCAAAAGAUGCAGCAAAGGCUACAAAGCGACUUGACUUUGGAACGAAUCAAGGUCAAGAAAAUGUUGAUCCCAACUACACACGUGACACUUUACCACCGAGGAUAAUGGAAAAGGCUUCAGCUGUUUUUCUCAAGGAGCCUGAAGUGCCCAAAAAACAUUUACCAAAGCUGGGAGGAACGAUGCAGAAACUACUGGAUACUCCAAGACCAAAGGUGGUUGUCCACCUAGGUAGAACAAAAGAAUCGCCAAAAGUGAAGGGUGUGCUUAUUCCUAAUGAUGAAAUUGCUUCCAAGCAGACUGGAAGAAUUUCAAUUCGACAAGUGAAGUCGCCAGAGAAGACAAACACUCUCAAAUAAUCUAAGCUCAUUUUACUUUAUGACCAAUCCAUUUCAUUAGUUACUGUCAAGUGUUAUUUUAUAUAUCAACUUGCUAAUAAUUAUCAUUUUUUAAUAAAUUUAAACUUAGACAUUUGAAUAACUUAAUAGUUAUAUAAUUUAAAGUGUGCUCUGGUAAGUGUUAUUACAUAUAUCAACCAAUUUUGUUUUUUUCUUCAAUAGAUCUACAUUUAGCACAUUAGUAACUUAAUAGUUAUAUGAUUUUUAAUUGUAAUUUUUGUUGUGUUGUUUGUAGAAGCUAAAAUUUGAUACAUAUUUAUUAUACUGAUGUUUCAGUUUUGGUAUUUUUGAACAUUUGAGUAAUAACAUAUUUGUAAGUUAAACUUUGUUAUUUAGAUCCUUUUUGUACUUUUUUAUCUGUUUCAAAAGACAAUUUGUCAUUUUGUACUAAAAGUAACCAUUAUAUUUUUUUUGUUGUGAACUGCUGUAUGAGACUAUACUAUGUUUCUUUGUACUAUAUACCUACAAUGUUUUUGUGUUAUUAAAGUUAUUUAUUCUAAAUUA